AUGGCGGUGGAGUAUUUGUCUGCAUCUGAGAAAAAUCUUCUCCUGGAUCUGCUUUUCGAUGCCACCGCUUCAUUUGCGGCCACUGAGAAAAAAUUCAAGGAAAUUUUUUCUCCGUCCCGCUAUCACGCACUCACGUGUGAGCUUAAAACCCUUUGCAAGGACUUCAUCGCGUCGGUAGAUGGAGUGGCGCUAAUCAUGUCCAUAUAUCUAACUGAUAUGAUGCGUAGGAAUGACGACUUCCCUGCUAAAGUGCUCUUUUUUGACAUUUUUGUAGAGCUUGAGCGAGCGAUUAGGAGGGACAUGUUUUGUGCUGAGAAAUACAAAUAUUCCUUUAAGGAUUCGAAGGAUCCCAAAAAGAGUGCCGAGGCAACUUAUGCGGAGGAGUACCGAAUUCAUUUGAUAGUAAAAGUGUUUGCUUUUCGGCUACUUAUGGGAGCAGUAUCUGCCGAUGAAAACGCUAGUUCCUAUGUUUCGAAAAAACAGGAAGACAUUGAUAGCCUCCUCGACACAUGUGAUAAAUCAAGUCUUCUUAUAAAAGAGGCUCUGGCUGAUGUUGCACAUUGCUGGGCAUCCGAAAGAGACAAGCGACAGUGUAGCACCACGCAGAAAUGUGUCACAUCUUUUAACCAGCAACUGAGCGAGCGUGCAGUACUUUCGGUGAGUCCAAUUACGCCUAAAAUUGCAUCCCUACCCAUAUUAACGGGUGAACUGCAGCUUUUGUUUCCUGAGCACACAUCGAUGCUUGUUGUUGACAAUUCAAUGACGACCGUGAUAUCGGAUAGCAUAAGGAAAGGGACUGAACUUCGCGCGUCAAAAUGUAUGAGCAAAUAUUUCAUCAAGAACAUAUUUUUUCUGGGCUAUUCAGAGGAAGUAUUGCGUCUCAUUACACUCAAUACUUCUCUUCUCGUUGGUAUAGCCGAGCAGAAUCCAAUCGCCUGUGCAGCGAUUCUAGAGGGCAUUCCUCAGCCGACACUGAAUUUUUGUAUCCAAAGCGCACUGAAUGGGAGUGCACACCUGGAGAAUAUUGAAGCAGUUUUGCUCCAUGUAUCUAAUUCUUUGAAUCAAAAAAGCAUCAAUAUUUUCAUAGCGAGACGCCUAAAAGAGCUCAGCGAUAAGCGUCUCCCAUCGGACAGUGUUAUAGAAAAUGUAAAAAAGUUUAUUUCGACGCUUCAUGGGCUCCUUAUAAAAGGUCCGAAAGAGUCCAAGGAUAUCUGUAUUCCCGAGUCGCUUAAAAGUGAGAUUGAACAACUCAUUACUUUUAGUCAUGACUCGGAUAUUUCUAGAAUGUGGGAGGAAAUAAAAGGUUGAAGCGUAUAUCUUAUAGACUUAUUUGGUAUGCAUAUAUAUUCUAAGCUUUUUAAAUUCUGAAAUUGUGUUUCAACAUUCCUUUUUCUCUCCUAUAAGGAUAAAAUACUUACCGUUAAAUGCU